UAAAUAUGAUGAGGACGUUACUCGUUUUAUUAUUUUGUCUAAAAAGUGUUUAUUGUGAUCUCUGCUUCAACAAGUUUACUGACAACACAUUCUACUGCCAGUCAAGAUGCUGUGAUUAUCAAUGUUGUGUUGCCUAUGAUGACGACAAAAAUUGGAGCAGUGACGAGGUAGCGGGAGCAGUCGUGGGAACACUGUUAGGAGGGACGAUAUUAGUUCUAGUUAUGAUAUAUAUAGUAAGGAAUUUCUGCUUAAGGAGACCCAACUCUCAGUCAGGAUUUACAACUACCAGGAUUGCUAUCAUAAGUAACGGUCAAACAGAGCAAAUUCCAAUGCAAUCAACUGCGGGUAAGUUGUCAAGAUACCCACCAUCCUAUGAGGAAUCACAAGCUACUGUUAUAGGAAGGACAACAUACACGAGAUUCCAGGACGAAGAGUAAAACAGAGAGAGAGAGAGA